CAUUUUAUACGUCAAAACAAUCUGUAACAACUGAAGCGGCUGCACGUGCUAGUUUAUUUGAUUGCUAAAUAUUUUUUAAUUUUAAUAAAAAUGGUUAAGAAAAAAAUUGAUAAUCGAAUACGAGUAAUGAUUGAGAAUGGGGUGAAAUUAGGACAUCGUACUAUGUUUGUUAUUAUAGGCAACAAAGCUAGAGAUCAGGUACCUAUUUUGUAUGAUAUUUUAACGAAGUCAACAGUUAAGGCCCGACCUCCUGUACUUUGGUGUUAUAAAAACAAAGAUGAAGCCAUUUCAAAUCACGGAAAGAAACGGCUCAAAAAGAUUGCUGCUGGUAAAAUAGACAUUAAUGAUGCUGAUUUGUUUGACGUGUUUCGUGUAGCUACAGAAAUACAUGGUCGUUAUUACUCAGAUACACAUUCAGUUCUUGGGCGAACAUAUGGUGUUUGUAUACUCCAAGACUUUGAAGCUUUAACACCAAAUUUACUUGCUCGUACUGUGGAGACUGUUGAAGGCGGUGGUCUCAUCAUACUGCUACUUCAAACAAUGCAAUCAUUAAAACAAUUAUAUACCAUGAGCAUGGACGUGCAUAAACGUUUUCGCACCGACGCUCAUCAGACUAUAACUUGUCGAUUUAAUGAACGAUUAAUACUUUCAUUGGCAGAUUGUAAACGUUGUUUAGUCGUGAAUGAUGAUCUCUCUGUUUUGCCAAUCAGUUCUAGAACCAUAAAUGUUGAACCCGUUAAUCCUGUGACUAUUGGAAAAUCAGAACAAAAUGAGCUUUUAAAAGAUCUUAAGGAUAGUUUACGUGAUACCCCACCUGCAGGACCACUAGUAAAUUUGUGUAAAACUUACGAUCAAGCCAAAGCAGUCGCACAAUUUAUCGAAGCUCUUGCUGAGAAACAAAUAAAACCACCGACGACAUUAACUGCUGCACGCGGUCGUGGUAAAUCAGCGGCUCUGGGUUUGGCCAUUGCUGCCGCUGUGGCUUUUGGCUAUGUUAAUAUUUAUGUAACUUCACCGCAUCCAGAAAAUUUAAUUACAUUAUUUGAGUUUGUAUUUAAUGGAUUUGAUGCGCUUGAAUACCAGGAACAUGCUGACUACACGAUCAUACGGUCAACUAAUCCUGAAUAUAAAAAGGCAAUCAUACGCAUAAAUAUCACCCGUUCCAAUCGCCAAACAAUACAAUAUAUAGCACCAAAUGAUACGCAUUUAUUAAAUGCAGCAGAUUUACUUCUAAUUGAUGAAGCAGCUGCUAUACCAUUACCACUUGUAAAAAAAAUGAUUGGACCUUAUUUGAUAUUUAUGGCUUCCACAAUCAAUGGUUAUGAAGGUACUGGACGUUCCCUGAGUCUAAAGUUGAUAUCCCAAUUACAAAAGGAUAAUAAUGCACCUCCACCGAUCAAACUAGAUGAAUCCAUACGUUAUAGUGAAGGAGAUGACAUAGAAAGUUGGUUAAUUAACUUACUUUGCCUUGAUGCUACAUCAGUACCAUUUCUAAAUUCGGGUUGUCCUACACCAGAUGUAUGUGAACUAUAUUACAUCGAUCGUGAUUCAUUGUUUUCUUACCAUAAAGCAGCUGAAUCAUUUCUACAUCGUUUGGUCUCUAUUUUUGUGUCAUCACAUUACAAAAACAGUCCAAAUGAUUUACAAAUGAUGAGCGAUGCACCAGCACAUCAUUUGUUCUGUCUACUUGGUCCUAUAACGCGGACAGAUUAUCUGCCUGAAGUACUAGUAGUUAUUCAGGUAGCCUUGGAAGGUGAAAUUUCGUCGCAAACAGUAAAUAAUAAUUUGGGAAGAGGUAAAAAAGCUAAUGGCGAUUUAAUACCUUGGAAUAUAUCAGAACAGUACGGCGAUAGAGAAUUUCCAAAGUUAGCUGGUGCUCGAAUAGUACGCAUUGCAACGCAUCCACAUUAUCAAAGGAUGGGUUACGGAAAACGCGCAAUAAAAUUGCUAAAGGAUUAUUAUUGUGGCAAUAUAACAAAUCUUGACGAAAAUACUACAACUACUGAAAAUGGUAUUGAAGAAGUUGAAGACGAAGAUCUUGGUUUACUUAAGGAGCAAAUUCGACCACGUCGUAAAACACCAUCACUCCUCAAACGUUUAAAUGAAAGACCUCCAGAAUAUUUAGAUUACAUUGGUACUUCCUAUGGGCUGACGUUGGAAUUGCUAAAGUUCUGGAAGAACUUAGGCUUUGUACCUACAUAUCUAAGUCAGAAAGCCAAUGAUCUUACUGGAGAACACUCCUGCAUAAUGUUACAUAUACUUAAGAAAUCAGAACCCAAUGCUAAACUGAGCACCGAUUGGCUAAGUUUGUAUUUUAAUGAUUUUAGACGACGUAUUAUGAAACUACUUGGAAAGAACUUUAGAGAGUUUCCAGUAAACUUAGCGUUGUCAAUUCUUGAUAACAAAUGGGUUCAAAUUAAACAGAAAGAAUUGGACAGAACCACAAUUGAUACAUACUUUUUACCACACGAUCUUCAGCGUUUAGAAUCCUAUGCGAGAAAUCAAAUUGAAUAUCGUUUAAUUUUGGAUUUAGUCACUGAUAUCAGUUAUUUGUACUUCCAAGGCAAAUUCGAAGGCCUCCAUAUUGACACAUUGCAGAAGGCAAUAUUAUUGGCAAUUGGUAUUCAAGGCAAAAUCGUUGACGUUAUUGCAACUGAAUUGGGUAUGCCAGGAAACCAAAUUUUGGCCAAGUUUUAUGAUUUAAUGAAGAAGACGUCCAAGUACUUGCAAAAGGUAAUUGAGAGCCAUAUCGAGGGUACCAUGAUAAAAGAAACUAACUUGAAUCGUGGUGAGGAUUUGCAACCCAUUACUUUGUCCCUUAACGAUGAGCUCGAAGAAACAGCGAAGCAACUAUCAAAAGAUCAAAAGAAAGAACUGAAAAAACUUAAAAUGGAAAGUCUUCAGGAUUUUGCAAUUAAAGGCACGGACGAAGACUGGUCUAAUGCUUUACAGGGCACAAAUAGUAAAUCAAAAUUAAUAUCAGUAAAAAGUGGGGUGAAACGUUUGGAUGUACCAACUUCGCUGGACGAAGAAUCUGAGUUUAAACACAAAUCUAAAAAAAAGAAAUUUAACAAAAAAACAAAAGGACUUAACAAAUCUGUAAUUUAACAAAACAUUCAA